CCCAGGCUCUAUAAAAGCGGGGGGCGCCGGCAGAGAAGACCCCAGAAGCCCAGCGCCAAGGAGAGGCGAGCAGGAGCCCAAGCCGCAGAACCCGACUUCGCUGGUGGCCCGCCCCGUCGGUCGGCUCUCCUCUUCCUUCCUUCCUUCUUUGCAGCCUUCUUCUCCACAUCUCCAGGAUGCUGCCCUGCCGCCUCCCGUGCGCCCUGGCCCUGCUCUCGCUCGCCCUGGCCCUGGGCUCCGGCGCCGCCGCCCCCGCCGACCCCCGACUCCGGCAGUUCCUCCAGAAGUCCCUCGCCGCCGCCGCCGCCGGGAAACAGGAACUGGCCAAGUACUUCUUGGCGGAGCUGCUGUCGGAGCCCGGCCAGGCGGAGAACGAGGCCCUGGAGCCCGAAGAGCUUUCCCGCGGAGGAGGCGCCGAGCAGGACGAGGUCCGGCUGGAGCUGGAGCGGUCGGCCAGCUUGAACCCGGCCCUGGAGCCCCGGGUACGCAAAGCUGGGUGCAAGAACUUCUUCUGGAAGACCUUCACGUCCUGUUAGCUGUCGAAAGAAACCCACCCACCCCUUCCCCAGAUUUCCUCAAACCCUCACCUCCAGCCCUUCCCUCUCCCCCUCUGAUCCCCCACUUUCUUCAUGCCAGGAGCUGAAGACUGUAAGAUAUAAUAUGUUGGUAGAGUAAAAUGGAAAAAAAAAUAAGGGAGAAAAAAAAAUCAUUUUGGAGUCGUUUUAAUAAAACAUCCAGUUUCCAUGGUACACACUUUCCUUGAGUUUGUGAUCUCUCUCGACUGUUUCUCCGUGAUAACACACCCACCCGAACCCUAACACUGGAAGUCACGCCUCUGUCCUAUUUUUAAUUCUCUCUUGCAAUAAAGUUUAUGCGUCAAAAAUCUCA